AUGGUGCAACUGCGAGACGCCGUCCAUUCGACCGUCCUGGCUGUUCUGGGCGGCACACGUCGCCAACACGAAGACCGGUUCGACGACAACGACGUAAUCCUGAACAACCUGCUCGCCGAGGAGAACAACCUGCUCGCCUACGUCAACGGUCCAAACGAUGCAGACAGAUCGGCCUUCCACCAUUGUUGUCGCCUUGCUCAGCAAUCGGUGCGAGAAAUACAGGACGCCUGGUGGACUCACAAGGCCAAGAAGAUGCAGGAGUAUGACGAGUGCAAUGAAUCAAACAAAUUGAUAACUGCGAUCGAGUGGAUCUACGGGCCUUCAACCAACGGAAAUGCUCCGCUCCUCAGCUCCCAAGGAUCAACGCUUCUGCCGGAGAAUUCGCAGAUUCUGAAACGCUGGGCAGAGCACUUCAGAAGCGUCCUCAACUAUCCCUCCAGCAUCUCCGACGCCGCCACCGACCGUCGAUCUGGAUUUCCUGCCCUGCCUGUCAGAAACCAUCACCAGUGA